AUGCUGUACCUGAUGGAGCUCGCCAUUCGCAAGGGCCGCGCCGCUCGCGACGGCGGGGAGGAGUGUCUGUACGACACGCCGACUGCGCGAUCGCUGCAGGCAAAAAAGCGGCAGUGGACGCGCGAGUACGAGUUGCGAAAGGCCAUCGAGGAGGCCGAGAGGGAGCGCGCAGAGAAGGAACAGGCUGCUGCUGCUGCUGCUGCUGCUGCGCGGUCAUGA